AUGUCUCAAUAUCCUGAUCCCUCUCUUAUAGAAGAAGUUAGAAAAGUUUUAGCUGAUGAAAUGGAGGACAACACAGAGGAUCAAAUUAUGAUGCUGUUGGAGGAGUGGCAAAUGCACCACACUACUUCAAAUAUGCAUCCACGUAGUCGAAGAUAUUAUGAUCGAGAGCGGGGUGUCGGGCAUGUGCGGCUCUUUAAUGAUUAUUUUGCCGACAAUCCAGUUUAUCCUUCACAUAUAUUCCGCCGACGGUUUCGAAUGAGAAGAGAAUUAUUCCUUCGACUUGUGGAGUCCAUUACAAAUCAUUCUGAGUUUUUUCAAAUGAGGCUUGAUGCUGCAGGCAAAAAGGGACUUUCUCCUCUUCAAAAAACCACGGCGGCUAUCCGACAGUUAGCAUAUGGAGCACCAGCUGAUCAGUUGGACGAGUACAUACGGAUGGGUGAAACUACUGCAAUCGAGUGUUUGUCACAAUUUUGUCGAUGUGUGAUCGAUAUUUAUGGGGCACAAUACUUGAGAAGGCCUAAUGCUAAUGAUGUUGAACGUUUACUUAAUUUGCAUUCCGAGCGGCAUGGCUUCCCUGGCAUGCUUGGUAGCAUUGACUGCAUGCACUGGCAAUGGAAGAAUUGCCCCGUGGCAUGGAAAGGUCAAUUUACUCGAGGUGAUCAAGGAUCUCCCACAAUAAUGCUAGAAGCAGUCGCAUCAGCCGAUUUAUGGAUAUGGCAUGCAUUUUUUGGUGUCGCGAGGUCUAACAAUGACAUCAAUGUGCUCAAUCAAUCUCCACUAUUUAAUGACGUAUUGCAAGGAUACGCUCCUGAUGUUCAAUUUAUGGUAAAUGGCACCCAAUACAAUAAAGGAUAUUAUCUAGCAGAUGGCAUAUAUCCAGAAUGGGCAACAUUUGUUAAAAGUUUUACAUCUCCUAGAGAUCCAAAGAGGUUAAAGUUCAAGCAAAUGCAAGAGGCUGCAAGAAAAGACGUUGAGCGAGCUUUUGGAGUGCUCCAAUCUCGUUGGGCUAUUAUACGUGGUCCUGCUCGAUUUUGGCACAGAGCAAAACUCAAAGAUAUAAUGUACACAUGUAUCAUAUUGCACAAUAUGAUUGUGGAUGAUGAAGGAGAUGCAAUAAGAAACUGGGAUGCUGACGAUGACGAUCCAACGAUUCCUGUGACUCAAGGUUCGGCCGAAAAUUUUCAAUAUUACCUUCAAAGGAAUGCGGAAUUACGUGAUCGAGAAGUACAUCAUCAACUUCGAUCAGACUUGGUCGAGCAUAUUUGGGAACGAUUCGAAGGCAAUGACAAUGAAAACUAG